AUGAAGCUAAUCCAACAUCCCCUGCUUGCCCUAACUCUCCUCCUCCCAGCAAACAUAGCUGGCCUCCCCACCUCACGCCCUCCUACCGAAGAAAUCCAAGCCUACAGACCCCAUUGGACCUUUGACCUGUUUCAGAACAAGCACUGUGUCGGCACUACUAUCACCUACGCGGGGCAGGGGUCUUCAGGUUGCCGCUCCAACCUCGAGAAUGGAGGUGCGGAGGCUUUCAUCAAUGUCAAUAUCGAUCCGAGCUGCAAGGUGAAACUGUUCAGGGACAAGAAGUGUUUACGGCAUGCGAUGGUGGAAGAGAUCAAAACUCGAGGCACCACGAAAUGCAAACCGAUCUCACGGAAGAAGACAGCUCAGAGUUUUGAGGUGUCUUGUCAGUAG